GCGUGUCCGUCAUAAUCCUGCACACACAAUCAGCGAUUUCGGUCGCUUGAUUGUGUUCUGACCAAGGAAUAUCGCUUAGUGUGUCCGUUCGUCCACCCAGCUUGAAGAGGUGCAUAAUAGCCAUUCACCAUGGACUCAAAAGACGUUGAUCGUGGGGCGAGGCAUCAGCAGAGUUCAGAAUCACCUCCUACGCCAUCUUCGCCCUUUCCAUAUAGCUCGGGCUUUGCUGCCGACGACGUCUACAACAGACACAAAAGCGGAAUCGUCUUGCGCAGGUCGCCAUCUCCUUUACCAUCAUCAGAAAUGCUCCAAAGCAACAAAUUUUCUAAGGGUGAAUCUCCUGUGGAACGGCGAAGAAAAAAAAGAAGCCAGUCCAGAUCAUCAUCGACGAGAUCAUUCAGACGUUCUAGAUCAAGAGAUAAAGACAAGGACCGGGAAGUAUAUAAGGAAAGGUCUAGGAUGCACUCGAGACGGGAUAGAUUCUCAAGGUCUGGAUCAAGAGGCAGGUCGAGGUCAAAUGAACGCAGGCACAGUAGAACCCGAAAUAAGAGUAGAGACAGAUUCAGGCAUAGGGAUAGCAGGAGGCAUCAUAGAACAGUAUUAUAUGAGUCUGAUGCGCAACACGAAGAUGUUGCGGAGCCUGUUCUGUCACAGCCCUACAUUUCCAUGCAGCCGAAUGCGUUCAAAAAUGAUGGUAGCUUCAUGGAGAUGUUCAAAAAAAUGCAAGAAAAAAUGCAGCCAGCUAGUGCGCCGCAGCCAUUAGCCACCUCUUCAUUUUCCCCAGCUACAUCGUCAACCUCUAUUCUUCAUGAAAAAACUAUUCCUCCUCCCCCACUUAUGGUCGGUAAGAGACGAGGAGGAAGAAUUUUAAAGACUGGAAUGGUCGCCAAACCGAAAAGUGAGCCUAUCACUGAUCAACCGAAAGAUGCCUGGUCGCUUUAUAUGGCAGAGGUCAAGAAGUAUCGUGAAGUGUGCUGUCAAGAAGAAGAUAAUACCAGACCAUUGGUCAAAUAAAUAUAAAUGUCUGUUGCUUUGACUUUAUUAUUUUAUUCAUUAUUAAAAUACAGGAAAGCAUUGAAAACUAAAUAAUGUAACGCUCUCAGCUUGGCCAACCAUUCCACAUUGCUUCUUUAACACAGUGUUUUACAGUAAGAUAUACAUAUAUACGAGAUUAU